CAGGAAGAGGCACUCCUCCAGGGCCAACGUCGCUUACAAGCCGCUUUAUAAAAGUGCCCACCCCAACCAAACCAAACCGCGCCGUCUUGCCCAGGAGCUGACGCUGACCGGACUCGGAGGACAUCAUGAAAGUAGCCGCCUCGUGCUCCUUGGCCCUGGGACUCCUGCUGGUCGCAGCCGCUCAGCCCUCCAACAACCGGCAGUUGCAAAGACCGAGGUCUUUUAAAUGUGGCGGAAUUCUAACUGGAGUAUCAGGGUUUAUUGGGAGUGAAGGAUUCCCAGGAGUCUACCCUCCAAACAGCAAAUGUACUUGGAAAAUCACAGUUCCUGAAGGGAAAGUGGUGGUUCUUUCCUUUAGAUUCAUAGAUUUGGAAAGUGAUAAUUUAUGUCGAUAUGACUUUGUGGAUGUGUACAAUGGCCAUGCAAACGGGCAGCGUCUUGGCAGGUUCUGUGGCACGUUCAGACCUGGUGCUCUUGUGGCCAACAGCAAUAAGAUGCUAGUGCAAAUGAUUUCAGAUGCCAAUACAGCUGGAAAUGGCUUUGUUGCAAAGUUUUCUGCAGCAGCACCACACGAAAGAGGAGACCAGUACUGUGGUGGACGACUAGAUAAGCCUUCUGGGUCCUUUAAAACUCCUAAUUGGCCCGAUCGAGAUUACCCAGCAGGAGUAACCUGUUCAUGGCACAUUGUAGCUCCAAAGAAUCAGCUAAUAGAGUUAAAGUUUGAAAAAUUUGAUGUGGAAAGAGAUAACUACUGCAGAUAUGACUAUGUCGCUGUGUUUAAUGGUGGUGAGAUUAACGAUGCUAGGAGAAUUGGGAAAUACUGUGGAGACAGUCCGCCAGCGCCUAUUGUAUCAGAGAGAAAUGAAUUGCUUGUUCAGUUCUUGUCUGAUUUAAGUUUAACUGCUGAUGGCUUUAUUGGUCACUACAAAUUCAGACCCAAAAAACUGCCCACAACCGCAUCACCUACCACCACAACUCUCCUUGCCACCACAGGGUUGAAGCCCACAGUUGCCCUGUGCCAGCAAAAAUGCAGAAGGAGGGGAACUCUUGAGAGCAGUUACUGUUCAAGUAACUUUGUAAUAACUGGAUCUGUUGUCACAACCAACACCAAGGGUGGAAGUUUGCAUGCAACGAUAUCAAUUAUUAAUGUGUACAAAGAAGGAAAUUUAGCGAUCCAACAAGCAGGCAAAAAUAUGAGUGCCAAGAUUGUUGUUGUUUGUAAACAGUGUCCUCUUAUCAGAAGAGGUCUAAAUUAUGUCAUUAUGGGACAGGUAGAAGAGGAUGGCAGAGGUAAAAUUCUGCCCAGCAGCUUUACAAUGAGUUUCAAGACUAAGAAUCAAAAGGUCCUGAAUGUCUUAAAAACCAAACAGUGUUGAAUAUAAAUUUAUCUAGCUGCGCUGUCAUCUAUCCUCCAGAAUCUCUCCUCAUGCAAACAAAAUGGGGAAUUGUCCUUUCCAAGAAUGUGGUAUACUUUCUGGAAUUUUUCAGUCAUGUAAUUUCCAUAGACUGAUGUUGCACAUACUGAAAGAAAUAUACUUUGAAUGCCGAUUUUAUAUUUCAAAACCUUCAGCAACAUCAGCCAGCCUGCAAUAUACCACGUUAUCACUACACUGAAGCUCUUAAUUUAUACUUCUCUCAGAAGGAUUUUUUUAAAAUGACUGAUGUGAUCUAAGUGCAAUAUUUAUAGUAAUUCAUUUUAAACUCAGUCUUCCUGUUUCAUUGCAUUGUAACCUACAUUUAAUAAACACUUAAAAAAACUCAUGCUAUAUU